AUGGUCCGCACAGUCUACCCUUGCGCUUUCUGUAGCAGCUGCUACCUCAAUGAGCGUGAUCUCGACGAGCAUUGCGAGGCCGAGACUGACUACUGGUCCAGCCCCCAUCGGCCUGGUGACGAAGCGUUUGGCUGCAACAUUUGCCAUUUGUGGUGGGACGACGAGGACUUUUGCCUGGAACAUAUGGAGGAAGAGGAUCACUUUGGCUUUGAGUGCCGUUGCUGCUACCAUUUCUCUCGCAGCAAGGACGCCCGCAUCAAGCACGAAGUUGAGAAACACUUCUUUUGUAAAGAGUGCGAUCGCUUCUUCAACAACAUCAACAGCAUCAAGCAGCACCUCAACUCCCGCACCCACCGUGGCCAAGAAAUCAAAUGCCCCUUCUGCCCCAACAGCUAUACUACCGCCACGGGCAUGACCCACCAUCUCGAGAGUGGAAGCUGUCGUAACGCACCCUCGCUGAACCGGGACUCCAUCUACAAGUUCGUCCGGUCCAAGGACCCGAGCGGCUUGAUCUCGAAGAAACUCAUCGGCUGGGAGGGUACCUCCCAAACGACGCUCACCUGUACCGAUCGGGCCUGGAACGGGCGCCAGUGGGAGUGUUAUCUGUGUCACAAGGGGUUUGGGACCAGCCAUGGGUUGAAUCAGCAUUUGAAUUCGCCAGCUCACCAACAAAACCUGUACCACUGCCCCAACCGCAGCAACUGCCGCCAAGACUUCAGGACCUUGGCUGCUAUCAUCAACCACCUUGAGAGCGAGAAGUGCGGUGCUAUGCGGUUUGAACAGGUGCAGAGGAAUAUUCAUGGGAUGGUUAGUGGGAAUCGGUUGAUUGGGUAUUGA